AUGUCAAGACAUACGUUCGUUUUAACGGGAGUAGUAAGGACAGGGGACUGCAACGGGUAUUUGGGGAAAAUCGUGAUCAGUCGGACGCUCUUCAAAAUAUUUGUUUUUGUACCAAAAACUGCUGUCUUCAACAUGCAUGUUAGUUUGUGACUAACUUUCAUCAAAUCUACAUGGCUUCAGAUGAUGAUGAUUGGUUUUUUGACUCCGUCAAAAACUACAGAAACCUGUUCAUGUAUGAUUUACAACACCCUGUAACAUGUAUGGACUGGAUUGAUGAUAAAAAUUUAGUAGUUGCAACAUCAAGCGAUGUUAGAAAUGAGAUAUUAGAGUUAUCUGUACCUGAUAAGCUUUUAUCUGAUGAUUUAGAGAGUGCUGGUUUGCUGAAAGACAGAGAUUUUCGCCAGAAGAAUGGUGGAUUCAGUACUUGCAAAAUAUGUUGUAUAAAACACAUUCCUCAAUCAAGACAGGUGUGCACCAGUGAUGAAACAAAUACAGGGAUACAGGUAUGGGAGAUUGGCUCAAAUGGAACUGAUCUUAUUAAACCUGUUGAAAGUUUUAAAUCACAACAUGUAGACAAAAGUAACAAAAAAUGCUUGGCAAAGAUAGCUGUUAAUGAAAAUAAUCCAUCUUGUAUUGUAUUUGGUUCUAGUCUGAACAAUCUAUGUUGUUUGGAUGUAGAAAAAGGGAACACACAUGAAGUAAUAUGUGAUAAAACAGAGUUUUUGGAAACAUCAGUAAUCAGUGAAAUAAAAUUCAUGGAUCAAAAUACAUUGAUAAGUUGUUGUGAAAAAUCAGGAGAAAUCAGACUCAUUGACUUCAGAGAAAAGCAGGCAAAAGCAGACAAUAACAGAAAAAGUAAUUUAUAUCCAGCUUGUGACACAGACUCCUAUUGGACAAUGGAUAUUACAGUUGACCUAGUUUAUAGAUUAUCUUCUGCUGGAUCUAUUGUCAUAUCAGAUGUUAGAAAUGGUAAUGACAGCAUCUUACAAGAGAUAAAUACACAACACCAGUCUAAGACAAAAGAUACAGAAAUUAGUAUCAAGGCUGCCCCACAGCAACAGCAAAAAGUAUCUUUGUCAGGGUUUGAUGGAAAUGUGUACAUUUAUGAUACACAAAAGUCACCAGUCCAUGAAUUUGGAUACAGUUUUACUGAACCAAUAUUUAAUCAUCAAGGUCACGAGAAGAACUGUUCUGACCAAUCAGAUAUUAUUAAAUCUUUAGCUCAUUUGUGGCAUCCAUGGAAACCAGAUCUGAUUAUGUCUUCAGCAUCUGACGGAUCCUUACAUGCCUGGGAGUACUGUAUACCAAACACAUGAUUAAAUUAGUGUCUUUAA